AUGCCAGCUCCGUUGACAGAGAAACAGAGACCAGACGCACAGCUCCGAGACGGUGGCGACGCACACCCAUCGGUGUGGAUACAGAAGCAGUGUCACAAACCGAGGGUGACAACUGGGGCCACGAAGAUGAACCAAGGAAAACUGGAGAGGCGCCGUCGUGGUUGCGACCCUUGGAGGUGCUACCAGCGGCGGGUCAAGCUCCAGGAUUCGUUCAAGGCAGAGGAUAGGAGAAAGGGUAGACGAGACGAAAAAAGGGGGUUAGGGUUGGAUGCUGAUGAAAAUGAAAUUUGGACAAACAACAAGCAUGACUUCUUUAAUAUCGUCGGUGACAAUAACAACUAUGAUCCUUUAUCACUGUUUUUGUUUGUUUUGGUGGUAGAUGUGCUUAACAGGAUGAUUAGGGAGGCGGUAAGAAAUGGUCGUAUCUCUCCACUGCUAGUUGGUCGGGAUAAUAUAGAGUUAUCACACUUAAAAUUUGCUGAUGACACUAUAUUAUUCUGUUCGUCGGAUGAGGAGACAGCCCGAAACUAUAAGAGGUUGCUGAGGUGCUUUGAAAUGAUGUCUGACUUGAGUAUUAACUUCGAGAAGUCCAAUUUGAUACUAGUGAACUGCAGCCAGGAGUGGGCUAGACAGAUGUGUCAGUUACUAGAUUCCCAGGAGGCGGCCUUACCGGUGAGGUAUCUUGGGAUUAGCCUAGGAGCAAAUUCGAGGUUGGUAAAAACGUGGAAGCCGGUUAUAAACAAGGUGGAAGAGAAGCUCAGUUUGUGGAAAGGAAGGGUCCUUAGUAAGGCUGGGAAGCUAGUACUCAUUAAGUGGGUUAUUAAUAGCUUGUCGAUUUAUUACUUGAGUUUGUAUAAGAUGCCAAAAGCGGUUGCACGUAAAAUCAUCUCAAUGCAGAAAAGGUUCUUCUGGGGGAAGGAUGAUAGGCGACCUGGCAUGGCUCCAGUGAAGUGGGAAAUGAUCCAGGCACCAAAGAAGCUAGGAGGUUUGGGUGUGGGGGAUGCGGUGGUUCGUAAUGCUGCUUUACUAUUUGAAUGGUGGUGGCGGUUCUCAAAGGAGGAAUGCACCCUAUGGAAGAAGAUUGUGUGCUCCUGUAAUAACUUGAAUCUAAAUCACCUAUUGCCAUCGCAAAAAUUACCAGAAAGAGGUGGUCCAUGGAGAGACAUAUGUCAACUGCAAAUAGAGGAGCAACAUGUAAGGCAAAAGAUGAUUGAUGGCCUUACUAUGGAAGUAGGAGAUGGUAGAUCCACAAGGUUUUGGAAGGAUACGUGA